AUGAGUAACUACUACAUAUACGGAUCCGAAUUGAACGACCCAAUAAUCAGAGAAUUGGUUAAAAAUGCUCCAGAUGUAGAAAUAAACACAGAGAGCCCAGACUGGAAAGAAGAGGUUGCUCUGGUCAAAUACCCAGACUACCUUCAUCCAACCGAACCCGAAGACGAGGGAAAGUACAACGCUUUCACAAACCCAGAUGGUGCUAAGAAUGAUAAAGGUCACUUGGGUGACAAAACUUUCAAGAACUUGUUUGCUAAAAAAAGCCCCAAGUUCUCCACGUUCGAUUUGAGUCCAAAUUUAGGUACAGAAAUCGAUGGAAUUCAACUUAGUGAGCUUGAUGAUGCUGGAAAGAACGAUUUGGCUUUGUUCAUCGAAACUAGGGGUCUUGUUGUGUUCCGUAAUCAAGACCUUAGAGACAAGCUGCCACAAUUCUCGUCAGACUUUGGUAAGUACUUUGGUCCUUUACACGUGCAUCCAAUUUCACUUUCUCCUAAAGGACACCCAGAGUUACUUGUCACCUACCGUAAAGCAGGAGACUCAAGUAGAUAUGCAAAGGCAUUCGCUGGUACCCAUAACCUUGGUGCAUGGCACUCCGAUAUCAGUUUUGAAGAAUAUCCUGCCUCAUUCUCAUUCUUUGUCGCCUUGGAAGCUCCUCCAUCGGGUGGUGACACUGUCUUUCUUGAUACUAGAGAGGCAUACAGAAGAUUAUCUCCACCUUUGCAAAAAUUCUUUGAAUCACUUACUGUAAUUCAUUCUAACUACUACCAAAACUUGCGUGGACUUCUCAAAAAUAAGGUUCCAAAAGUCAAAGCAGAUUACUUCACAGAACAUCCUUUGGUUAGAACUCAUCCAGUAACUGGUGAAAAGGCACUUUUCUAUUCGAGAGCUUUCGUUCAAAGGAUUAAAGGUGUGAAGCCCCACGAGUCUGCUGCAAUCUUGAAUUUACUCAAUGAGCAUGUCUUAAAUAACCCUGAAUUUCAAGUUAGAGCAACUCACAGAGGAACUGAUAGUAGAACAGUCAUUGCCUGGGAUAACAGAUUAACCCUCCAUACUGCCACCACUGACUUCUUGCAGCACGAAACUGGCCCUCGUCAUCAUUACAGAAUUACUGUUUUAGGUGAAAAGCCAUAUCUUGAACAAGAAGAUGAAGCUAAGAAUGGUCAGUCCAAUGGCCACUCUAAUGGACAUGCUAAUGGCCUUUCCAAUGGUUCCUCUAAAUAA